AGGUAUUGGGAAUGAUUUUGAAAUUGGCUUUGCACAGGCAACAGUGUCAGUUGCAUUGAGAGAAAUACUAAAUAUAUUUGAAAGUGUUAUUUGCCCUGAAUGGAUUCAAACACAAAUGACUGCAGAUGAAAAACAAGCUGCAAGAACCUACUUCUAUUCCAAAGCGUUAUUACCGGGAGUAAUUGGUAGUGUUGAUGGGACACCUGUAAGUAUCGUUGCUCCGUCCCACUUGAAGCAUCAAUAUUUAAAUAGAAAGGGAUUUUAUAGUUUAAACGCAAUGGUUAUAAGUAUGACUUCUUCAAAUACAAGACUUGUAUAUGUACACUUUUUCAUCUUUUCAGGCUUGUGAUCUUAAAAUGGUCGAUGCGAGUUACGCCGGUUCAACACAAGAUUCGUUUGUAUGGAACUGCAGUGAACUAAAAGCUACUUUAGAAACGAUACAUAGAAAUGGCGAUCGUUGCUCAAUGUAUUUGGGUGAUUCGGGGUAUCCUUUGCAGCCAUAUUUGAUGACGCCAUUUCGGAAUGCAAGUGCUGGCAUUAGAGAAUUUUAUUUUAAUAAAAAACACGCCAAAGUACGAAAUAUAGUUAAACGGGCAAUAGCUGUUCUAAAAUGUUGCUUUCGAUGUCUUUCAACUGAAAGAAAGUUACAUUAUUCACCACAAGAGGCUACAAAAAUAAUUAAUGCUUGCUGCGUUUUGCACAAUAUAUGCUUGUACUUUAAGAUGACAACACCAGAAGAAGUUGCAAACUACAUAGAACCACCUAAUUUUACUGAAUUAUUGGAGGAGCGUGCUUCCACAAAUGAUGGGGAGCGUCGAAGAAACGAAAUUUUGUUAUCGUUAUUUUAA